AUGACAUCAUCAUUUUAUCACACUCAAAAGAGUCUUUAUUCCAACAACUUUGACAAAGACUUUACUGAGACAAAACGUUUGAGUGUGAAGAGAGGAGUUGACAGCUUCAACCUGACCAUCUCCAAGACAGAGUCAGGGGACUCGGCUACAUACUACUGUGUUUCAAUGGUAAUGAGCGAAGACACAUUUGGAGAAGGAACUGUUUUAAUUGUUAAAGAUUCGGGGUCCAACAGAAUGUCUGUACUCCAGCAGCCUGUGGCUGAGUCAGUCCAGCCAGGGGACUCUGUGACUCUGAACUGUACAAUACACAAUGAGACCUGUGCAGGAGAACACAGUGUCUAUUGGUUCAGACAUGGCUCAGGAGAAUCCCAUCCAGGAGUAAUUUACACCCAUGGAGACAGGAAKAGUAGUGAUCAGUGUGAGAAGAGCKCUGAGGCUGGAUCUCCUACACAGAGKUGUGUCUACAACCUCCCCAAGAAUCUCAGCCUCUCUGAUGUUGGGACUUACUACUGUGGUGUGGCCUCAUGUGGAGUGAUACUGUUUUGGAACGGGACCAAGCUGAACAUUGAAUUUGACCAUUAUCCAGUGAUGAAAAUCCUGGUCCUUCUCUCCAUCAUAAGAACUGGAGUUCUCCUCUGCUGUCUGACAAUCUUCAUCAUUUACCUCAUCAGGAAAUAGAUAGGUUUUGCAAUAACUGCUGGAGAUCAUCACUUKUGCGUUGUAAUUUACGAUAUUUAUUGAGAUUGCUGAGUUGAUCAUAUUGAGUAUUUAAUAUUAAUGGUCUGUGACCUUGCCUAAAAAGUUGUAUGUUA